GGACGAUACUUAGUUUUGUAAUGGCGGGCCUGUUUUAGCGGAGCUGGGUGACGAUGGGAGAAUUAAGUUAUGUUUCUAAAGUUGUCGUACCACUCGGCCCGGUCUACUGUCAUGCUAUGUCGUCGGUCACUAGUGGAAACAGUUUACGAAUAGAAACGCACCCGCCAUGGCAGACGCCGAGGCUGAAAACAAAGUAAAAAGUGCAGUGGAAGCCUGCGUCACGGCUCAAGCGAUGAUAGAUAUCAAUUCCGAGCAUCUCGAUGGGCUUCGAACUCAGUGUGCAACCAGCGUGGAAUUGACCCAGAAUGAAAUAAGAGCACUCGAAACAAAACUAAUCAAGCUUUUCAGCCGUCAAGUAGUGGCUAAGAAGAAAUAUGCCGGCACCGAAAAUGCUAACGAACUUCAGCACUACCCCAAGUUGGUGCUCUGGCUCAAGGUGGUCGGGCUGUCUGCGAAAUCCAUUGAGGGGCUGUCAAACAAGCUCACCACCUUCGACGACAUGCUGGAGAAGCCGGAGCAGGAGGUCAAGGGUUUCCUCAGCGCAGUCAACGCCCGAGAGGAAGAGAAGCGGAGGUUCCUCAUUGCCAUGCGCAACCUCAAGGCGUACACAGACCGCCAGCUGCGCGGGGACGUGGGCACGGAGGUGGACCUGCACUGGGACUCGUGGGACCGGGGCAGCGUGGGCCAGCUUCCCCGGCGGGUGCACACGUCCGUGCCCUCGGAAGAACUUUGCGGCGGCUCCCGGCUCGAGGUCGGUCGUGGGGGAGGCCGGCCUCCGACCACGCCCCCCCCGUCCAAGCGUCCCCACGCCCCGGCGAGCCUGGGCAUGCCCGAUGCCCUGCCGCUCACCAAGAGCCGCUCGCACGAGGCGCACCUUGAGAACCGGCUCGAAGGGGGCCCCGAACCGCAGGGACUGCCGACGGACGGAGGGUUGCGGAGACGCCUUGCCACCGAGCCCGGCCUGGAGCUGGCCAACUGCCCACCUCUCUCCCCGAGCCGUUCGCCGCCCUUCGUGUCCCCCGACCAGCAAGGCGACGCCUGCUUUGUGGACGAGCCCGCCGCCCAGCCCGUCGUCCCCAGAUCACCGAGGAUGCAUGGAAUGGCUCACGCCAUUCACCACAGAUUUACCUCCAGCGUCAAAGUCACAACGUGCCAGCAGUGUGACAAGGCAAUGUUCUUCGGCUACAAGUGCAAGGAGUGCAAGUUCCGGUGUCAUAGGGACUGCAUGGACAAAGUGCCGCCGUCGUGUGGGCUGCCCAACGAGCUGGUGGACGUGUUUGCAGAGCACAUUCAGAAAGGAGGAAUCCAGUCGCCUAACCACAGCCAGCACUUCGGCAGCCCGCUGCACGUGGUGCCGCGGUCGGAGGGCGGCCGAGGCGACAAGUCCCUGCGGCACCACCCGGCGCUCAUCAGCAUCCCCCCGUUCCACCACGGGGCGGACUCGUCGUCCAACACGUCCUCCUGCAACUCGUCCACCCCCUCCUCACCCGCCUUUGUGCUGGCCCCUCCGGGCUCUCGCCAGAACACCCCCUCGUCGGCAUCGCGCAUCCAGCAGUUCCACUUUCCGGACAUUUCGGUCACGGAGAAAGAGCUUCCAGCUCCGACCUCGUCGCUUGCCCGCAGCGAGGUGGUGGAGUCCCUCAAGUCCACGGACAGCGACAGGACCGUUUCGGGGACCUCGGGAUCCGGCAGCAUAAGUACCGACUCGGAGAAAACUCUGGCUUCCACGAGGGUGGAUUCUCAAGACAGUCAGGUGUCGGACAUGGAUCCGACGGACAGGGCGUGGCCACGACAGAACAGCCUUUCUUUACGAGAAUGGGACAUACCCUUUGACGACGUCCAAAUCGAAGAGAAGCUGGGAGAGGGACGCUUUGGGAGCGUGUACAAGGGAAACUGGCACGGGAGUGUUGCGGUGAAAAUGCUCAACAUGGAUCACAUAGACGAUAGGAAAACCCUGGAGACCUUCAAGCAAGAAGUGGCAACCUUCCGCAAGACGAGGCACGAAAACUUGGUCCUCUUUAUGGGUGCCUGCAUGAAGCCACCGAAGCUUGCAAUCAUCACGAGUUUGUGUAAAGGCAUGACACUGUAUAGACACAUACAUCUACGAAAGGACAAGUUCAACCUCAACAGGAUUAGCGGCAUAGCCUUGCAGAUCUGCCAGGGAAUGGGCUAUCUGCACGCCCGCGGCAUUGUACACAAGGACCUCAAGACCAAGAACAUCUUCUACGAGAACGGGAAGGUGGUCAUCACGGACUUCGGCCUCUUCUCCGUGACUAAGCUCUGCCACGGGAACCGGAAAGGCGACUGGCUGACGAUCCCCCAGGGCUGGCUCUGCUACCUGGCGCCCGAAGUGGUGAGGAGCCUGCGUGCGGGCAAGCAGUACGAUGCGGACGACCUGCCCUUCACCACCACAUCGGACAUCUAUGCAUUCGGCACGGUGUGGUACGAGCUGCUUUGUGGGGAAUGGCCCUUCAGGGGCCAGCCAUCCGAGUCCAUCAUCUGGCAGGUGGCGAGGGGCAUCAAGCAGUCCCUGGCAAACAUACAGGCGUCCCAGGACAUCAAGGACUUCCUGAUGGUUUGCUGGUCCUACAAGCCCCAGGACCGCCCGGCCUUCUCCAAGCUCCAGGUGCAGCUCCAGAGGUUGCCCAAGAAACGGCUGGCACGAAGCCCCUCCCACCCCACGCACCUGUCGCGCUCCGCCGAGUCCGCCUUCUAGCCGACGCAUUCGCACACGCACAGCCGACUCCUUCGCCCUUGCAGUUCGCCCUGUCUGUUGUCGGGGCAUCCCUCGUUCGCUCGCCGCGCGACGGGAGUUUUCAAAAGCGGGAUCGGGAAGUUGCCCGAACGUCCGUACAAGUGGCGAGUCCCGUUCCCAACCGUACUGCGAGCGACGCUUCGUGAAUGUGAGAGGGAGGAUCCCAGGUGAAAAUGGCUCCGCUCGCAGCCGAAUUAGGGUUAGCGACUGCUGACUUCGGACUGCCUCACAACCUCUUGUGAUCUCUUACGACGAGUCGGGUAGCCGAGGAACACCUGCGACUUCCGUAAAUUAACUUCUCUUAUUUUUGCGCAUCAUUUUUUUUUAUGUUGGCUCAAAAAACCUUUGACAAUGUUAUAAAUGACCAUUUCGAUUUCACUUCUUUGUUUCUUCCUUCACCGUAAGUGAUACGCAGUUCCAGGGCCACCUCAUAGGUGGCGCCAGCGUAGCGGCACAUUCUCUCGUAAGAUAUCGCAAGAACUCGGUCGUAGGCAAGCGCAAGUGUGUGAACCGGCCCUUAUGGAAUUGGUCUUAGCUGAAUCCAGUUGGAUUGUGUCAUUUCUGACUGGAUCCAGCUGGUACCAGUUUCAUAAUCCAGCUGUAGGUGGGCUUAUUUUCACCCCUGGGGGGGAGGGGGUGCCUGGUUUCCAUACGUACAGUGCAUCAAAAUAAUAGAGAUCCCCAGAAGAGGAACCUGUGUAGCAUAAUUUCGUGUCGCAGUUAAAACUGGAGCUUAGUCGUGCCCUGGCAUGGAGUAUUGCCAAAAAAAAAAAAAAGUGUUAUUUGGAAGGUGCUUGCUUGGAAAUGGGAUGCAAAAGCUCAUCAGCUGGAGGUGUGUUUCAGUUGGUAGCUGGUGUACAUUUGUUGUUUUUUAUCAAGUCACUUCGAUUGGGCCGAUUACCAUGGAACUCUGAAAGGUCACUUAUUUAACAAAAGAAUGUUAAGAAGACUCUAUUAGGAAUUAACAUACCAGGGUGACUGCCCGUUUCAGUAUCCACUCUAAUCAUCUUGUAUUUCUUUUUUUUUUCCCCAGAAUGACAAGCUUGGUUAUUCUUUUUUCAAUACAAUUUCGUUCAAUUUGGCCGGCUCUUUUACACUAGCAUGUCCGCAGCUUUUUGACCGGAGUAUGGUGUAGUUAGACUGCUGGAACUUAGUUGCGUUAUAGUUGGCUCUGUUGUAAAAAAGUGCACUGGUUAUUUGGAGCAGGCCGUACGUGAGGUCCUCGGGGAUAAGGUGAGCCGCAAAAAAUUAUAGACUCAAAUUUUUUUUGACCGUGCUACAGAAGCUCGUCUAAUUGUGAAUAACCCCUCAACAAGAACAGUAAUUAACUAAUUUAAUUCUAGCUGACCUCUGUAUAUGUGGAAAAAUAUGUGUGCAGCCAGGAAAGGAAUAGACCGACACACUGUUUACAAACAAGCCCGCAUUUGCGCACACCAGGUGUGAGCACUGCGCGAGCGCAGAAACCAGAUUCGCGUGAGGUGGAGCUUCUGCGCAUGCGCCGUGGCGACAACGGCGCCACCGCAGAGGUGGGACGUCACAACCGCGUGUUGGUCUAUAUGACACUGACUUUGUUGGAAAAGUGCCACGUCAGUUUUGAAAGGCUGUUUCUUCAAUUUUUAUUUUCCAUGUAGGCAGUGUGAUAGAGAAUUUCACACACUAUAUCAGUGUAUGUACGUUGGGGCUGUGUGUCUUCCGGAAAAAAAAAAAAACCGAGGGCAGGGAAGAGCAGCAGAAAAUGUUAUAGGAAGGUGCACAUUUCUUCAUUGCUUAGGGUUAACUGGGUUUAUUUGUCGUUCUUAUAAGCCCGGAUUUUCGAAGACUAGCUCUUCAUGAUACUUUUUUGAGACAAAGACUGUUUGGCAGCCAGGCCACCUCUAACCCCUCACCAACCUCUCGAACAUGGAAAUGUUUGUCGAUGACAGUUGUCCUUUCUUGUUAACUUUCUCCAAUGCAUUGGUGUAAAGUUAACAUGUUAAUCUAUGUCUGCAUGGACGGGUGUCGGUACCAUUCAGCGCAUUCCGAUGUUGGAGCGAAGAGUGCAUGGUGUCGUUUGUUUUCGAUAUUUUCCUAGCCGCAACAAUUGUGAUGGCCGCCCAUCGAACUCUCCGAGAAGCGCUUGCGGCACUCGAGCUGUGUGGGGGGCGGCGCAAAUUUCCAAAUUAUAUUUGCUUCGCAGCCAUCUCCUACAUUGAAAGGGAAGUCAGCUGCGGUAAAUCUGCGGCCACACAUUGCGCGGCGAAGUUGACGCGAACACGGCCUCGGGACUUUUUUUGCAUCUUUCUCGUCAAAGUGUACGGAGAAACAGAACAUUACACCGCCGGAGCUCUUUCCCAUAACAACUAUAGUUUUGAUGACUGUUUUGUUAUUCUGAGAUGAAAAACAGGGAAGCCAGCGCUGGUUUGUUCGUGCUGAGUGUGUCGCACUCCCUGUGUUCUGACUGCGGAGGGCGGUGCGUUCCUUGUUUUGCGUGGACUUAAGCUGCCCAGGUUUUGCCAGAUCCUUUUUCUGAAUCACUGGCGGGUCGUCGCAGCAGAGGCAUUACGGUUAAUGAAAUGCAAAGGCACGCUGUGUACAUAGUUGGAUAACUAGUUGUGAGAAAUGGAUGGCGAGAGGCAUAUAUACAUAUAUAUAAAUACUAAAUAUAUAGCAUUGUAGAUAGGCGAUAAAUGUCCCAAUGCAGCGCUGGUGGAGGGUCACCUUAGUUGGAGGCGACGGUAUGUGGCACACCUGGCUUGGUUUUCUUUGCAACAAAUUUUUUUGCCAACCCAAAAGGCCAGAGUUUUAAGCUGCGGGAGUUUACAGGAUGUCUUUUUUGGUGAGACAGUGUGUGCGUAAUUGGCACUAUAGCCAGCUACAGGUUAAGAAAAGUUUUUGAGGGAAAGGAAGGCUGGGGAGGAGGAAGCUGACAGAACGCUGGAAAGAAGAGGUGGUUUCCCCCUCCUCUCUAGCAUUCUGUUUGCUUCCCCCUCCCCAGCCCUCCUUUCCCUUGAAAUCGAAAUGUUUUCUUAACCUGUGACCGACUAUAGUAUUUACCAUGCACAUAAAAGCCUUAUUUCUUAAAGCUGCUUUAGGCUGUAAAAUAAUAUCUCUUGUGAAAGCAAAGCCCAAGUAUGAAGUCAGUAUUAUGUUUGCUGCGUUUUGUUUUGUGGUUUGUUGCAUUCUUUCGAGUUCAAUGGCGAAACAGUGUACCCCGCUUUUGACAAAAGACUGUGGCAGAGAUUUGGAAAAUUAAAAUUUUGAGCAAUACCCACUUUGUAUAAGUGCUAACCAGUAUACUUCCUUUAGAGCAAACAUUAUUUUGCACAGCUUGGGUACUUGCUUCAAGUGGGUCAUGCCUUAUCAUUUUAAUUAGGCUGCUUUCGAAAGUUGUCUGCCUUUAGCACUUCUUGAAACUGCUUAACUGUAACCCAGUGCGGGAAAAAGAAAUUCCAGCAUAUAUAUUUGUUUCAGCAUUUGAGCACAGCGGAACAAUAUUGUCAUACAAUAAGGUACUUUGUCCAUAGCCCGGAUUCGAGCCUGAAUCUCAUUUGUGCGAGGAUUUCAGUUUCGUUACUUAUUUUUUUUGUUGUUGGAGCAUCGCAGAGAGACAGUUUGGAGACUGCUUUUCCCUCCCCAGAAAACAGUUUGCAGAGCCAGGUAGCUUCUUCCAUGUUACUACGUGUAGGGCAUUUCGCUGGUAGAAAGUGGCAAGCGCACAAGCAGCAUUCAUUCCAUUCGUGGUGACGGGCAGCGCUUGCCUCCGCGGAAAGGCAACACUUGUUGUUUACAGUCAACGAAAUCUGGGGUAACGAAGGAAACGUGAACAUAGUCGGAACAAACCCAGAUUUAUUUUUUUAUGUGUCCCACCCCCCCACUCUUGUUUGUAGACCUUGUACAGAGGUGUACCCCCGUCGUUUGGGACGAGUGAAACGUCGAGCGCUUUCGACGCUGCCAACUUCCAAUUGGUGCACACGACACUUGGUUGACCACUGCUACUUGUCUUCAAUGGCACCCGCCCCCGUGGGUGGACAGUUUUCGCUGUUGCUGCUGUACCUUACGAGGAGUGUCGACUCUUGCGGCACUUGCAGUCGACCUGAGUUGUGUUCAUCGUGGACAUGGCCAUCUUUUCGAAAGAGUGGUGCUAGCCGGGUGCUUUUGUUUGCCGUCGCGCUAGGCUAUUUGGUAUUAGGGCCCAUAGACCUGUCCUUUCGUGUCUGCAGACUGAGGCAAAAAUCUUUGUAGGAGAUAUUUUUGUAGAAGCCAUUGUAGAUGCGAGCGUGGCACGCCACUUAUGAUUUGCCUGGUAAAGCAGGAGGCUGCCUUGAGCAGCAAGAAUAGUCCUUUUUUUCCUUUUUUUCGUGAUUGUAGCAAAAGCACAGCUUUGCCUUUCGUGUGAGUACCUGUUGGGCAGGCCUUUAAGUUGCCUGUUUUCAUGAGACUGUCUUGUGAGACUUCAGAGAUAUUCUUGAAUUACAUAUAGUAUUUGUAAGGUUGUCUCUUUUCUUUGAUAAAAUACUUUGUGCUUACACGUGCAGAUGCCGAGCAUUAUUGUGAAUGUAUGUGUGUUAGGCACCACUCUCUAAGCAGUUGGCACAAAUGAUUUUGAAUGGUGCAAGGCCGGCGGUUGGCCUGCUCUUGGUUGCCGGUUGUGAAGCAAGAUGCAAAUUUCAGAGUUUUAUCAGAAUGCGAGAGUGGCAGGAUGUAUUGCUAGCUUCAAAUGAUCUAACUAGAAUAACACUGACUUUUUAUUUAAUACUUUGUACUAUGUUACGCCUAUUACCUUUAUGGUGCUGAAUGUGAUACACGUGAGAGCAUUCAAACUGACAUAAUGAAAAUAACCAAAUCUGACUGCUGUUUAAAUUUGCAACAGCUGUUGGCCUGUGCUCAUAACUGCAAUUUAGGUUUCACCGUGUCUAAACCCAGGUGUUGUGGGUUUUCAAUUUUGGUCAUAUACCUUAAACAUUGCAGGUGUUAAACUGCUUAUAAAUUUAAUCUACUCACCUAGUAUUUUUUCAAUGUGGAUAGAAUUUGCAUUUGGCUUCUUUAUGUGUGUGUGGUCAGGUACUAUCAGUUAUGGAAUGGUACCUAGCAUAUCUCUGCAUUUGCCUAGAUGCUAUGUUAAUUUUUAGGGACUCUGUUACCACUCUUAAGAAGAGAUAGAUUCAAUACUGUUUCAAAGGGGUGCUGAAUUUACAGAACUCUCUUGAAGAAUGGUCUACAUGCAUAUGAAAAUUUCUGACACUGCUGGUCUGCCAUCUCUUCUGUUUGUCUUGAACUGUUUUAGGUUUCUUAUCAUUGCAUUGCUAAGUCCAGAGAAUUGUCAUGCUUUGUUGUAAUGGUGUAUAAUUCACUAAAUGCAGACCUUGGGGGUAUGUGUAAACAUUUGCAAUUCGGUAUUGUUUUGGCAAGUAAUAUACUGCUGGAGUUGCGUCAUUUGUUUCUGACAAAUGUAUAAGGCAAAAAUAUUUGUAUGAUGGAGCUUCAAGAGUUGUGUGGUUGAUGCGUGUACAUACAUUGAUUUCUUAGGGGUUGUUUUUUAUUUAUUGUGAUUCUGUUCAUAUGCAUAUACCUACGAGGCUGAUGCUCGUGAAAUUAAGUACUAGCUUUUUAAUACCGUUUUGUAUUGUUUUGUUUCAAAGACAGAGCUUUACUUAUUUGACUAGUGGUUGAAGACAUCCAUUUGGUAGUUAUAUAUUCAGUCUAGAGGAAUGUACAAUAAAGGUAUAGAUGACAGCGGUGGCAA